AUUUUUAGAUAUAAAAAAUGUAUUGAAAUUAGCGAUAGUUCCAUCAAGUUUGUGCAUCUCUAGUCUGGCGCGUUCGGGAACCAUUUGCCGUUGUUUAACUCAAUCGUAUGUUUUUGCACCUCUUUCUUCCGCUCUCCGUUCUCUGACGUCGCUAUUGUUUAUGUUGUUGUGUUAAACAUUUGUUUCGCGCAAAAACCAGAAACGUCGCUCAAGCAGACAUCGUCACAUCGCGUCCGAUUGAGGUGGUGACACAUUUCGCUCAAAGUCUAACCCAAGCAAAGGCGCACAUUACGAAAUUAACACCACGUAGCCCAGAGAGAUAUAGUGAGAAUGCCCAUCGAUACGCGGGAGCUGAUGGAGGCGAUAGCCAUUGUGGCGGACGAGCGCAAUGUCCGUGUCGCCGUUAAGCAGUCCGGCAAGGGGGCUGCGAUCUGUGCCGCCUGCUCCUUUGCGGGUGGCAUGCUCCUCGGUCCCGUUGGCCUGGCCGUGGGCGGAGCAGCUGGUGGCAUAGCUGCGUACAAGAUGACCAGCGGCACUUUUAAACCACUUGGCGAGGUAAUACUGAAUGAUUUGACGGAUAGACAGCGCGAGCAACUGGUGGAGCAUGUGUCUAAGGCCGUGGCCGAGAUUCAUCCCACCGAUGUGGUUAUGCUGCUGCCACUGAUUGUCCAGAAUGCGUCCAUCCAACAGGCGGUGCUCAAUACGGUCAUGUCAUUUAUAAGCAAUGAGCUGCGCAUGCAGAUCGUCGAUUGACCUGGCGGAGGUGGAGCUGAAGAUCCAGGAGGAGGAGGAGGAGCAGCAAACUGUGAAAUUAGUGCCGUUGUGAUCUGUGUAGGUUUAUUAAUAAAUACUCUAUAUGUACAUAA